ACUGCUGGGCACUGACUGGCACAACCGCUGGGCACUGACUGGUGGAACUGACUGGCAGCACUGCUGGGCAGCACUGCUGGGCUGCACUGGUGGGUGGCACUGGUGGGCACAGGUGGGUGGCACUACUCGGCACAGGUAGAUGGCACUGCUGGGUGGCACAGGUGGGUGCACUGCUGGAUACAGGAGGGUGCACUGCUGGGCACAGGUGGGCGGAACUGGUGGGUGGCACUGCUGGGCACCGAUCAUCAGGGCACUGAUCAUCAGUGUCGAUCCCUGCUCUGACAACUGCUGCGUGAGGAAAGUGCAGCCGAGAACCGGCAAUUGCAUU